GACUCUGAUCAGCGGCUCAGGACAACAUCUGCCGCGUGCCAUGACGCAUCCGGGCAGCGCGCGCUCGCCCAGCAGCUUCAGCAGCCGCGAGGAUGAUGAGGGUGAAGAGGAGCGCGUGAAGCCUUACUCUUUCCCUCUCGUGAAGAUGGAUUUACUGUCGUAGUUUGUGUUUGUCCUGAGAAAAUCGGACGAUGGGAGACCGACAUCGGCGGACGCGAACUCUAGGAGGUCUCGCGACCAAGCCGCGGGUCUCCAAGGAGACCAAACUCCGGCUGCGCGUGAUCUUCCUGGACGACAGCGAGCGCACGUUCGAGGUGGAGCAAAAUGUUUUAGGUGGAGAUUUUUUCAACAAAGUUUGUGGACAUCUGAAGCUGCUUGAGAAGGAGUACUUUGGACUGGAGUUCAGACACCACAGUGGCCAUUAUGUUUGGUUGGAACUGCUAAAACCCUUAGUCAAACAGAUUAAAUACACCAAUGACUUAUUCUUUAGGUUUAUAGUCAAGUUCUUCCCACCAGACCCUGGGCAACUAAAGAGAGGCCUUACCAGGUAUCUUUUUGCCUUACAGAUAAAGCAGGAUUUGUCCAACGGUAGUCUGACAUGUAAUGACAACAGCGCCGCCCUGCUGGUUUCACACAUACUACAAUCAGAAAUAGGGGAUUAUGAUGAGGAGCUGGAUUAUCAGCACCUGGAGAUGAAGCACUACGUCCCUAACCAGGAGUAUCUGGACAACAAAAUAAUCAAGCUUCAUAAAAGACACAGAGGAGUCUCUCCAGCAGACUCGGACAUCCAGCUGCUGGAGGUGGCGAGGAAGCUGGACAUGUACGGCAUCCGGCCGCACGCCGCCAACGACGGGGAGGGAAUGAGGAUCAACCUGGCCGUCACACACUCCGGAGUGCUGGUCUUUCAGGGAAACACCAAAAUCAACACAUUCAGCUGGGCAAAGAUCCGCAAACUGAGCUUCAAACGCAAACAUUUCCUCAUUAAACUUCACGAUAAAGUUGGGGCUUCAUGCAAGGACACGCUGGAGUUCGCCAUGGCGAGUCGUGAUGUUUGUAAAUUGUUCUGGAAGAUGUGUGUGGAGUAUCACGCUUUCUUCAAGCUGGCAGAGGAACCGAAGCCCAUUCAUAAAACCCUGCUGUCCUGCAAAGGCUCCAGAUUCAGAUACAGUGGGAGAACCCAGAAGCAGCUGCUGGAAUGUAUGGGAUCCGGAGAAAAGAAACCAUCACGCUUUGAAAGAACCCACGGUCAGUCGGACUAUGACCCCAGACAGUGUCGAUCUUCUCCGGAUCUCCUCACUGAAGUUUCCAAAGAGGUAUACGAACAGACCCGCCCCCGGACCAGUCGUGCUCUGGCGGUUCACAGUAAUGAUGAAAUGGACGUACGCCGGCGAGGCCUAAAUAACACCGACCUCAGCGAGGGAGGUGCUAAACGCAGCCAAUCAUCUGGCGAGGUCAAUCAGAGGCCACACUCCCUCGCUCAAGUCAACCCGCUCUCUCCGUCGCUCCACCAGUCGACCCCUUCGCCCAAGUUCAGAUCGUCCUCCGUGUCUUUAAUGGAGACGACGAGGGCGCAUCGACAAGCUCAAAGGCUAGCGGGGGUCUACGCCAACCGCUCACGACGCCGGCCCAACCCGCAGCCACACCCAGACGCUGCUCAGCAGCUGGUUCUCCUCUACCCAAACUCCCCCGCCUACCAGUACCACCCCGUCCUCCCUUCGUUUCCCUUCGUUGCGCCCUCAACUCUAAACCGACACCACUACUUGUCCGACUAUGUCACCAUUUCCUCACUGGAGCGUUUCCCGCAUGUAGCGAGGCGAGACUAUAUGCCAAUGGACGCUGGCGUCUCGCGGCCGGCUUUCUACCCCUUAUCCCACGAUUCGCCAUCAGUAUCGCCAAUUAGGAGGAACUUUCGCCCUUGUGGAUCAGGGGGUCUUGGACUGGCACGGGUCUACCAAACAGGAAGCAAUGGAGGGAGGCUACUGGGUGUUGGACACACGGAGGCGGGGCAUUACAGUGACGACUCCAACUUCUUGCCUGGGUUACCUCGCCGCGUUGCCAGCCAACCGGAUGUUAAGUUUCAUCUAUCCAGGAGCGCAAACCCGGCAUUUAAUCCCGCCUCUGAGUUCAGACCCCUGGGUUACUAUCCUCACCUUACACGGCCCUCCAGACCCACUUACCUCCCGCUCAACUCUUCGCCUCUGCCUGAUCGGCCCGCCUCCAUGUGCAUGAUCGGCGGUGCCGCAGGAAGCUACAGCGACUCCGAUCCAGAGGUUUUCUACCCCUACUACUGCCCACCUCAUCAGCUGGGGAAGAUGGUGGGGUCCGCCGGGUUGGCCAGGAUGAGGUUUUCCUCCGGAAGUCUUCAGCUGGAUGAGGAGGAUGAGGAGGAGGAAGAGGGUGUUGCUAAAAAGGAAUCCAAGGUUGAGGUUGAACAGGACAAGAAAGAGAGCAGCGAAGGAGAGAAGGCAAAAACCCAAGCAAAGGUCACGAAAGUCUCUCUCUGA